AUUUUUUUUUCAUUUUUAUUUUUUUUUCUUCAACUGAAAAUUAAAAGAAAAAUGCCUUUUAUUGGGAAAGAUUGGAGAGCACCCGGAGAUCUAUGGGUACGUGUUAAUCAUGUCAACCAUACUGCUGGAUGGGAAUUGAUUAAAUUACAUUUAUUGCCCAAAAGAGAAAAUAGCUCAAAUUCUCUCAAUUCUGAAAAUUCUGUCGAUUCUCCACCAUCUUCUGCUGAGGAAGAAAUUGAAGGGGAAUUAAACACUAAUUUAAGACAAAAAAGCGAAGAAGAAGAAAAUGAUUUUUCUUUGAACGAGGCUGAUAUUUUGGAAGGGGAAACAACUAAUGAAUUAAUUAAUAACGACGAAGAGGAGGAUGAAGACAAUGCAGAAGAUGAAGAUAACGAAGAUAGUGAUGACCAAAACAACAUAACAGAUAGAAAAAGUUUCUGGUCUCAACCAUAUUGUUUUGUUAAAUUAAAAAAUCGUUCAAAAGAAUUUAUUGGAUGUACAAGCAUGUCAGAAGCUUUUCAUCGUUUGGACAUGGCGAGGGCUGUUGUUGAUAUUAGACGAUUUAAUUAUAUUUGCAAAGUUGUCCAAAUUUUGGUGAACGAAAAAUUGCACAAUUUAAGUGCUUCUUCCAGAAAAAUACUUUUUGCUAUAAUACAAGCAAUGGUUUUACAUAGUGUGGAGAAUGAUAUGCAUAUAACUACAACUAAGGAUAUUCUCAAAAAAUUUAAUUCUGGUUUGGAUUCUCCCCAUGUUUGUGGUUCUCCACAAUUAGUCAGCAAACAACAAGGAACCUGUACUAACUUACUCGACUUAAUUGCCAAAAGUUCUGCUCCACAUACUUUAUCUGAAGCCAGUCCAGAAAAUAUAACAUUUCUGGACCUUCCAAGAGAAGUACUUUCUCUAAUUCUGAGUAAAUUGCCCGAUCAUGUUUCUCUGUUGGAAGCUGCUAAAGCAAAUGAAACACUUCAAGCUUUGGUCGAAUCAGAAAAGAGACAGUGGAGAACGCUUUGCCAAUUCCACUUCUCACAGCUUCAAAUUAACAAACAUCAAUAUCCUGAACAAAGCUGGCGUGAUUUAUUUUUCGAACUCAAAAAAUACUACGGGCUUCGUGAAACUUAUGCUGAUCUUGUUGUUGUUUGUUGCCAUUGUAAAGCUUUAUUUUGGAAGGAUCACGGGCAUCCAUGCGUUUCAAAAGACGCACCUUCUGUACGGGUUACACCACAACAAGUAGAAUAA